AUGAUGAAUUGGAUAAUUUUCGCAGCCGUUUUAGGGAUGGUGAUGGGUCAGCAGGUGUUACAGCCAGACGUUGAUGUAUUUUUCGGAACAGAGAAAGGAGGGAAUGUGUUUCCUGGGCCAGCUAGACCGUUUGGAAUGGUUAAAAUGGGGGUUGAUGUUAUAGAUUCCUCAACCAAAGUUGUAUUUUCUGGAUAUGCCAGAGAUGGAAACGUUGCCGGUAUAUCUAUGAUGCAUGAAAGUGGAACGGGAGGAUCGCCAGAAUAUGGAGUCGUCUCCCAAUUGCCAUUGAUUGGAAAUAUUGACUAUUCGAGUCAGAGCAGUCUAGGUAGGUCCUCUGAUGACACGGGAUCCGUGGGUUAUUAUUCAUGCAGCUUCAACAACGGAAUACAAGCUGAAUUCGCAGCUGCAGAUAGGGCUGGCAUCUAUCAAUACAGCUUUCCAGAAAAUAAUGAGCCCAAGGUUAUGAUCAACGUUACCCACCAUUUGUCAAAUUCUGAUAAAUCGUACUGGACACAGUAUUUUGUCAAUGGAUCAGUAGAAGCAAAUGAUGAUAAGAAUGGUUACGAGGGUCAAGCAACGUUUGCUGGAGGAUGGGCCAGCCAAGAUCCGUGGACCAUCUAUUUCUGUGGUGAUUUUGAAAACAACGCCAAUCUGGUAGAGGCAUUUGUUGGAACCAGCAAUUUUAACUCGCUGCAAGCUUCUACUAGUGCCAACGAGUCAGUAGGAAUUGUAUUCACAUUUCCAUCAGACCAAUCAACUAUAAGAAGCAGGGUGGGUAUUUCAUUCAUUUCAACUGACCAAGCAUGCCAGAACAUCAAGGCUGAUUUCAAUGACUAUAACCUCAACUCCACCGUGUCAGAUACCAAGACUUUGUGGGACGAUCAAGUCUUCGGUAAGGUAAAUGUGAACAAUGAUAACACAACACUUAGUAAUUUAUUAUACACUGCGCUUUAUGGUGCCCAUUUACUCCCAACUAACAAAACUGGUGAAAAUCCACAUUGGCAAUCAUCAGAGCCAUAUUACGAUGACUGGUUUACUAUUUGGGAUACUUUCAGAUGCUUGAAUCCUCUUUUCAACCUUUUAAGCCCAAGCAGAGGCGCUGAGCUAAUUAGGAGCUUGAUUGAUAUUUACAAGCACGAUGGAUACACUCCAGAUGGAAGAUCUGCUAAUCAGAAUGGAAAAACUCAAGGAGGCAGUAAUUCAGAUAUCUUGAUGGCUGAUGCCUAUGUGAAAGAUGUACAUAAUAGAAUUGACUGGGAUGAAGCCUUUUCAGCAAUGGUCAAAAAUGCAGAGGUAGCUCCACCCUAUUGGUACGACUUUAAGGCUCCAGACGCUUCCACAAAAGAAGGUAGAGGUGGAUUGUCGGAUUGGAUUAACCUUGGAUAUGUUUCACGUACCUAUACAAGAUCAGUUACGAGAACAAUGGAAUUUUCGUAUGACGAUUUUGCGCUUUCAGUUGUGGCUAAAGGUAUUGGCAAUGAAACAGCCCACGAUAAAUAUUUAAAAAGAUCGGCAAACUGGCAAAAUAUUUGGAACCACAACGCUACAGCUAGUGCAUGUAAUUACACCGGCUUCGUUCAACCAAAAAACGCCGAUGGAUCAUGGGCAUACGAUGGCUACGAUCCCCUUUCUUGCGGUAACUGCUAUUGGGGUGACGACGAAUACGAAGGUAAACCAGUUGAAUACGGAUGGGCUGUUCCACACGAUAUUGCAACCCUUGUGGAAUUCAUCGGUGACAAUGACACAUUCAUAGCUCGUCUUGAUGAUAUGUUUGGUCUUAACGGUCAAGCGUUUGCUGAUAUUGGAAAUGAACCAAGUUUUUUAACUCCAUAUCUUUACAAUUAUGUCAACGCCAACUACAAAACCGUCGAAACUAUAAGAUAUUUAAUCAACACCAAGUAUUCCACUGGCCCGGCGGGAUUACCUGGAAACUCUGAUGCUGGUUCAAUGCAAGCAUGGCUAUUUUUUGGCCUUAUGGGGUUCUAUCCAGUUGCGGGCACAUCCACGUACCUCCUCUCCUCUCCUUUCUUUUCAAGUGCCACCUUGAACUUGGAAAACGACAAAAAUGUGAAAAUCACAGCUUCUAACUUGAGCAACGACAACAUUUACAUCCAAAGUGUAGAGAUAAAUGGUAAUUCGUGGAACCAAAAUUGGUUUACACAUGAUGAUCUUUUCAAAAAUGGAGGGUCAAUUCACUUUGAAUUAGGCUCCACCCCUAGCAAAUGGGAUACUGGUGAUGUUCCACCAAGUCCAGGCCAUACUAAAUGA